AUGGCAUCCUCGACUUCCCCUAAAAAUUCAGCUUCGACCUUCCUACCCAACCUCGGCAGCCAGCGAGAGGCAUUUCUCAACCAAGUGGAAACGCAGAUCGCCCAAUACGUCAAAAAAGAGGGCAAAAACUGUCUAGCUGUCAUAGAAAGGAAUCCCCAAUCCGAGGACAAGACUUACACACCAAGUAUGAUCAGCAAAUUUCCCCCAGCGUUCUUUCGUUUCUUGCUAGACAAGAAAUACCAUGGUCAUGAAGUCGAGUCCGCCCUUGUAGCGCCCAUCGUUGCGAUCAUAUCCGACACCUACCGCGAACUUCUCAACUCGAAUGCCGCGGACCUGGCGGAGUUUUUGAACGGACAACUGGCUCAGAAUAUUGCAAAGCUCUCGCUCCAGGAGAUCCGAGAACACUGCGCAAAGCAAGCUGCACGGACUGCAAAGGCGGCGAGCACGAUUCUGAAAGGAAAAGGUCACUUGGUAUCAGCGUCGGUGGUGAAGAAAAUGAGCCUGAAGCCUAUCGUCGCGCAUGGGAUUGAAACUUUUCUCGCAAAGAUGAUCGGAGAGACAGUCAUCAAGAAGACUAUCGAGGCUGCUGGCCUGGAAACGUUCGCGGCCUUGGUCAACAAAGUGGUCACGGAAGCAUGGAUGUUUUAUCUCCUGUACCAAGCCAUGAUGCUUCCAGAACGUUUAGGAAAAGCCCUGGGUGCUGAGAUUCGUUCGAUGCUCGAGGGAAGCAUGCGCAAGUUGAACCAAUCAUUCCUCCAGGCUAUGAAUCAAGAGUUGGUGAAGCUUAGUAUUAUGGACGUGAUUUCUGAAUAUACGACGUCAAUGAUAAGUGAGGUUGUCGAAGGAGAUCGCGCUGAUGUUUGCAAGAAACUAAUCGAGAAACUUACCCUCGGCGCGCACCCCCUUGAUGGUCUAUUCGGAGCUCUGUGGGACCAGUUGAAAAGCUCCGAAGGCUUAGAAAAAGGUCUUUUGAUGCGUCUGAUAAAGAAGAAGAAGAAAGACUUGCAGAAACCAGCGGCAGGUGAAGUGUUGAAACGCCUGCAAGAGCUACUCUCGAAAACUGCCACUAUGUCAGUGACGGAAAUCAUCGCAUCUUUGAUUUCGAUCCGUUUGUGCACUGUCUACAACGUCAAAUGA